GGGAACUUUCGCUUUGGUGAAAAGCAAAAUUAACAAAUUUGGGUCUCUUUUCAGGCAAUUUCUUGAGUCUCAAAGAUGUCUAAGAGGGCAGCUCCACCAGAUAGUCCCCCUGCAUCAGGCUCAGGGGGUCCACCUCCAGCCAAAAAGUCUGUGACACAGUUUGCUCCAAUACAACUGGGACCCAUUGCAUCAUUGGAGGAGAUGGAUAUGAAAGUUCUCCAGUUCCAGAACAAGAAAUUAGUUGAAAGAAUCGAACACAGAAAAAAAGCUGAGGAGGAACUAAGAAAAAGAAUUGAACAACUGGAGCAGAGACAAACAACUGAUGAUGCAGUACUUUGUAUUGUUAACCGAUAUUGGAAUCAAUUUGAUGAAGAUGUCAGGGUUUUACUUGAGAGAUUUGACACUGAAACUAUCACUGAAGAGGAUGAAGGACCCAGUGAAAGCAUCACAUCAUUUCUGAACCAGCUUUCUUCUUGGGACAAAUCAGAGAUUGACCUACGUCUUCACCAAAGGGUGGACUUCUCCAUGAGGGCCAUGGGAAAGAUCCUCCAGUGUUACGACAGGCUGCAACAACGUCAUGAAAAGCUGAUUAAAUCAAUCAAGGUCACUGAAGAGAAAGUGGAUGGUGAGAUCACUCCACCUCCCACUGUCAAAGAGGGGGAUAAAGAAGACGACAAAAAGGAUGAUGGUGAUGAAGCAGAAAAGAAGGAUGACGAUGAAAAAGAAGAGGAAGAGAAGCGACCAGAAACACCAUCUAUUGGUGAGGUUACUAAACAGGAGAUCAUGACGUUAACUGAGGAGAAUCGUCGUCUCCAGAAUUUGUGUAAUCAGCUUCAUGAAAAACAUCACAACACAAGUCUUGAGUUCUCUGAGCUGCAAGAAAAGUUCAACGCUGCAGAGACAGCAGUUGCAGAGCUAAGAAAUCAAGUUGAAGACCUAGAGUAUGAAUACGAGAAAACAGCCAGUCGUAAUGACAAGCUGCACAUGCACCUGAGUGAAGCUACAGAGAAGCUGAAGGGUCUCAAAGAGAGUAAAACUAUGAUUGUGGAGGGAGGAAGCGGGAAAGCCAUCGAGGGUGUGCCAAAGAAUAAGUUUGAGGAGUUAGUAACAGAACUAGAAGAGCAGAAGGACUUGGCUCAGAACAGACUUACUGAACUUGAAACUCUCAAUAAAAACUACCAAGAAGCUAAGAAAGAAAUUGAAAAGCUUAGAAUGGAUAUCUCGCAAUUGCCUGAGAGCGUUAUAGUUGAAACAACAGAGUACAAGUGUCUGCAAUCCCAGUUCUCUGUUUUGUACAAUGAGAGUAUGCAGAUCAAGACCCAACUAGAGGAGGGGAAGACACUAAUGGCAACCAGCAAGAACACACACCUGAGGCAGAUAGAGCAAAUGGAGAGUGAUGAACUGCAAUGUCAGAAGAGACUACGUACUGAGGUGAUACAACUGGAAGAUAUGUUGGCGCAAGUGAGGAAAGAGUAUGAGAUGCUACGUAUUGAAUUUGAACAAACCAUUGCAGCCAAUGAGCAAACAACCACAAUCAACAGAGAGAUGAGAAACUUAAUCACAAGUCUGCAGAAUGAACACCAACUGAUCAAAGGAGAGAUGUCAAGAUACAAGAAGAAAAUCAAAGAUAACAAUGCUGAAAUAUCAAAAUUGAAAUCUGAAGAUUGUCCUCCUAUAAAAGUGGAACCAAGGGAGAUAAAGAAGGAACCAGAAGAGAUCAAAGAAGAGAAGCCCAUUAAAUUGUCCCCUCCACACAUAGAGGAGGAGCCUCCUAUUAUAAUCAAGAAAGAGAAAGAGGAGGAAGAAAGGACAGAAGAGAAGGAAAGAGAGAAGGGAAAAUCUGAAUCAGAAAUCAUCAAAGAUUUGAAAACUCAAUUAAAGAAAUCUCAAGACAGUGCCAAGGAGAUGAAGCUACUACUAGACAUGUAUAAAAGUGCCCCUAAGGAACAGAGAGACAAAGUUUCUCUGAUGACCGCAGAGAAAAAGUGUAAACAGGAAAUGGAUGAAUUGAAGUCCCACAUACGUAAGAUGCAGGAGGCAGAGAAAAAAGAACGCCGUAAACUAGCAGAUGAUGAUGCCAUUAGGAAAAUCAAGAAAUUAGAGGACCAUAUAUUUGAACUACAGAAAACUGUUACAAACCAAAAACAGGAAGAGGAGGCACUGUUAAAUGAGAUAGAGGUGACUGGUCAAGCCUUUGAGGAUAUGCAGGAACAGAAUGUGAGACUACUACAACAGCUGAGGGAAAAAGAUGAUGCCAAUUUCAAACUAAUGUCUGAGCGUAUUAAGUCCAACCAAAUCCAGAAACUCCUAAAGGAAGAAAAGGAUGUGCUUGGAGAACAAGUGCAUACAAUACAGUGCCAAGUUGAGGCUCAGAACCAAGUUGUACGGAAACUAGAAGAGAAAGAGCGGAUCCUACAAAGUAAUAUGGCUACAGUUGAGAAAGAAUUAGCUUUACGUCAGCAGUCUGCAGAAAUGCAUAAACGUAAGGCUGUAGAGACUUCCCAGAGUGCAUCAGACUUGCGUCUUCAUCUUGAUAAAUACACGUCUCAAUUAAAAGAAGCCCAGGAUGCUGUGGCAACUAAAACUGCAGCGAUAGAACAAGAGUCCUUUAAAUACAAGCGUAUAGGGGAAGAAGUAGCAAUCCUGCGUCGUAAGCUAGAAAGAGCCAAGAAGAUAGAACAGGCGGGCACUGCAGAUGAAAUACUAAUGGAGGAAAUCAAAGAAUAUAAGGAGCAGUUGACCUGUCCCUCAUGCAAGGUCAAACGUAAAGAUGCAGUCCUGACAAAAUGUUUCCAUGUAUUCUGUCUUGAGUGCCUGAAAACACGUUACGAGACUCGACAACGUAAAUGUCCAAAAUGUAACGCUGGAUUCGGUGCAAAUGACUACCAUAGGAUUUACAUAAGUUAGCGAUUUAUGAAUGGAAUCUUAAUUUACGACAUAAAUGUAGAAAGUAUUGGAUAGUUGCAGCUCAUAUUGGAUAUUUGAUGAUUGCGUUGAACAGUGCUACUUUCAACAGUUCAAUGUUUGUCCAAAAUGUGUCACUGGCUUUAGUGCAAAUGGCUACCAUAGAAUUUUCAUAAGUUGGAGAUGUACGAAUGGAAUUUCAAUAUACCACAGGAUAUAAAAUGUUAUAUAGACAAUGCACCUCUGAGAGCAUUGCUUAAUUCAAUUUUGACCUCUAAAGUGUACUUUAAAUGCAUGACACGACUUGUGAGGUGUUU